CCGCCAUCUUCACUGAGAGCCCCUCUGUGUGUGUGUGUCGGGGGCUGAACUGUGAGGGAAAAGCUUUAGGCGGUGUCGGUAUCGGUACCGGGCGGGGGGGGGCGGUUGGGCUCAGAGGAACCGCCAGGAGCGAGGGGAGGAGGGGGGGUGUAGGCAGGGCGGCUCAGAGCUUCGAAGUCCUCCAGAGCAGUCGAGACGAGUCCGCCCGCGGUGUAGCUCUGCCAGAGCGGCGCUUCCGGCUGUGUCCGCCGCCAUAUUGCGGUGAGGCAGCACCGGGAUGAUGCUGUCGCUCGGUGCUUAUCCCCCUGACAGGGCCCAGAGCCGCUACGGGCUCGGCCCCGCCGUGCAGCACCGCUUCUCGCCGUACACCUUCAAUGGAGGAACAGAACAAACAGUUAUUGGAUGUGCUGGUUUCCAUGGCGACUGCCUCACCCUGACCAAAAUCAUUGAAGCCAGACUGAAGAUGUACAAACAUUCCAACAACAAGACCAUGACCACAGGGGCCAUUGCUGCCAUGCUCUCCACAAUCCUCUACUCCAGGAGGUUCUUCCCUUACUAUGUCUACAACAUCAUUGGGGGGCUGGAUGAGGAAGGGAAAGGAGCAGUUUAUAGCUUUGAUCCAGUGGGCUCCUACCAGAGAGAUUCCUACAAAGCAGGUGGCUCAGCCAGUGCCAUGCUGCAGCCCUUGCUUGAUAACCAGAUUGGCUUCAAGAACAUGCAGAAUGUGGAACAUCUUCCUCUGACCCUGGAAAAGGCUUUGCAGCUGGUGAAAGAUGUCUUCAUUUCUGCUGCUGAGAGAGAUGUCUACACUGGGGAUGCCCUUAAGAUUUGCAUUGUCACAAAAGAUGGGAUUAAAGAGGAAACUUUCCCAUUAAGGAAGGACUAACUCAGUUCACUUGUAACCUGUGCUGAGAAGACAUUUGUCUUAUUAAAAUCUGUCAAGAAAUUGGA